AUGAAAGACAUAAGAGAUUCUGUUAAACCCCGUGAUAAAAGAGUUUGCUUUCUUUUUUUAAAAAAUAGAAAACUUUCUUAUAAAUGUCUUAAGUGGGUAUUUAUUCUAAUAUUUGUAGUUUUAAUUGUAUUCUCAUUUUUCGUAAAUUUACUUAGUAUAAAAGAUUAUAAGUCGAUAUUCGAUUGCAUUUUUUGGAGCAUUUUGUUUGUUUUAUCUUUAUAUGGUUAUCACAUAUCUGUUGAAUUGCUUUUUCAUUUAAAUCAAAAUGUUAAGUAA